AUGGUAGCAGCCAUCUUGGAUAGCUAUGUCCACAUCAUCAACCAAUCAGAAGACAGAAAGUAGUUAUCGCGUUGUCCGUGAUUUGAGACUCGGGGCAUCGUUGAAGGUAUUGUUGAUGUUGUUGGGGCAGAGGAAGAUGGCGGCUCGCUGGAGUAGUGAGAAUGUCGUGGUGGAAUUCCGAGAUGCACAGGUACUUUAGUAAAACAGGCUUUAAAUUAGAGUUGUGAGAUGUAGCUAGCUAAUGCACAAUGUGUUGCCAAAGAUAUUUAUAACUUUCCUCUUCUGUCUGUGGUGAUGUCAUACUGUCCCUAGUGAAAAAGUGGUAGUUAUCUUUGAGUAGUGAGGGAGUAAGUUCCCUAAAAGUGUCACAGUUCAAAGAUGUCCCACUCAGUUGCAGGACUGUUGGGAGUUUUGUUUCAUCAGGUCAAAUGCACUAGAUCCCACAUAUCCAGUUUACAGACAUUGAUCCAUGCACAAGUUCUCGCAGCAAUACGUUGCAUGAAAACAAAUAAAAAACCAAACGUGCUGCACUGCUGACUCAGAUGCAGCUGGCUAAAUGGUCCCAUCUUACUGGCCCUCUGCACGAUGCUCACAUGAUCUUCACUGACUUGGAAACUAACCAUAAAUAUUACUUCAUAAUAAUACUUUUUGGUCACAGGUCCAGGAAUGGCUGAAGAAUUGCAAAAUGUACCUGGAGCUAACGCUGCAUAUAGCAGUACUGGGUGAUUUGAAAAGUCAUAGUCAAUCGAUCAAUAGUAUAAUAAUACUUUUAGCAAAACUAUUUAUCUUUAAUUUACAAUCUGUAGAAACUAUGAAAAUAGAAAGCUUCAGAAUUUUGUGAAACAGCACAGUUAAAAAUAUAUGGCAAAUAGAAAUCAAACUGAAUGGACAUUUGUGGGCCUCUGUAGCUCAGCUGGUAGAGCACGGCGCUUGUAACGCCAGGGUAGUGGGUUCGAUCCCCGGGACCACCCAUACACAAACAAAAAUGUAUGCACGCAUGACUGUAAGUCGCUUUGGAUAGAAGCGUCUGCUAAAUGGCUUAUUAUUAUUAUAUAUUAUUAUUACAUCAGAAAUUGAGGGUAGAGGAAGGGCAGGACUAAAAACAAAUAAAAUAUAACUAUUGUAAAAAAGAUUAUGUCCAUAAAAUGUAUAUAGUGUGUAUAAGCUGGAAGUAGAAGCCUAAGUGUUGUUGUCCAUUAGUUUACUCCAAUUAGGGGAGGAGUGGUAGGGUUAGCGGAAAAUAAUAAAGCAAAAUAUAUUUUUAAAAGAUAUGUAUGUAUGUGUGUGUAUAUAUACAGUACCAGUCAAAAGUUUGGACACACCUACUCAUUCCAGGGUUUUUCUUUAUUUUUUACUAUUUUCUACAUUGUAGAAUAAUAGUGAAGACAUCAAAACUAUGAAAUAACACAUAUGGAAUCAUGUUGUAACCAAAAAAGUGUUAAACAAAUCAAAAUAUAUUUUGUAUUUGAGAUUCUUCAAAUAGCCACCGUUUGCCUUGAUGACAGCUUUGCACACUCUUGGCAUUCUCUCAACCAGCUUCACCUGGAAUGCUUUUCCAACAGUCUUGAAGGAGUUCCCACAUAUGCUGAGCACUUGUUGGCUGCUUUUCCUUCACUCUGCCGUCCAAUUCAUCCCAAACCAUCUCAAUUGGGUUGAGGUCGGGGGAUUGUGGAGGCCAGGUCAUCUGAUGCAGCACUCCAUCACUCUCCUUCUUGGUAAAAUAGCCCUUACACAGCCUGGAGGUGUGUUGGGUCAUUGUCCUGUUGAAAAUCAAAUGAUAGUCCCACUAAGCCCAAACCAGAUGGGAUGGCGAAUCGCUGCAGAAUGCUGUGGUAGCCAUGCUGGUUAAGUGUGCUUUGAAUUCGAAAUAAAUCACAAACAGUGUCACCAGCAAAGCACCCCCACACCAUAACACCCCCUCCUCCAUGCUUUACGGUGGGAAAUACACAUGCGGAGAUCAUCCGUUCACCCACACCGUGUCUCACAAAGCCACGGCGGUUGGAACCAAAAAUCUCAAAUUUGGACUCCAGACCAAAGGACACAUUUCCACCGGUCUAAUGUCCAUUGCUCGUGUUUCUUGGCCUAAGCAAGUCUCUUCUUCUUAUUGGUGUCCUUUAGUAGUGGUUUCGUUGCAGCAAUUCGACCAUGAAGGCCUGAUUCACACAGUUUUCUCUGAACAGUUGAUGUUGAGAUGUGUCUGUUACUUGAACUCGGUGAAGCAUUUAUUUGGGCUGCAAUUUCUGAGUCUGGUAACUCUAAUGAACUGAUCCUCUGCAACAGAGGUAACUCUGGGUCUUCCAUUCCUGUGGCGGUCCUCAUGAGAGCCAGUUUCAUCAUAGCGCUUGAUGGUUUUUGUGACUGCACUUGAAGAAACUUUCAAAGUUCUUGAAAUAUUCUGUAUUGACUGACCUUCAUGUCUUAAAGUAAUGAUGGACUGUCGUUUCUCUUUGCUUAUUUGAGCUGUUCUUGCCAUACUAUGGACUUGGUCUUUUACCAAAUAGGGCUAUCUUCUGUAUACCCCCCCUACCUUGUCACAACACAAAUGAUUGGCUCAAAAGCAUUAAGAAGGAAAGACAUUCCACAAAUUAUCUAAGAAGGCACACCUGUUAAUUGAAAUGCAUUCCAGGUGACUACCUCAUGAAGCUGGUUGAGAGAAUGCCAAGAGUGUGCAAAGCUGUCAUCAAGGCAAAGGGUGGCUAUUUGAAGAAUCUCAAAUAUAAAAUAGAUUUUGAUUUGUUUAACCACUUUUUUGGUUACUACAUGAUUCCGUAUGUUUUAUUUCAUAGUUUUGAUGUCUUCACUAUUAUUCUGCAAUGUAGAAAAUAGUAAAAAUAAAGAAAAACCCUUGAAUGAGUAGGUGUGUCCAAACCUUUGACUGGUACUGUAUAUUUAAAAAAAAUAUAUAUAAAUAUGGGGGAUUGGAAUUGAUGCGAACAAUUCCAUUAAUGGAAGCUACAAUCUUUCUGCAAUAUUAAGCUGAUCUACCCCCUAACAAAUAAUAAUAUGCUUGUUGGUUGUUAUCUUUUCAGGCCACUGCUAUGUCCGUGGACUGCCUGGGUGGACAUGCUGUCCUGUCUGGGUGGGUACCAGUCCAGUUCUUUACCACAGGUUACAGCACCAUCACCACACACUGACAUUCCUUACCAGCUGAGGCUGUUGAUUCACUGUAGCUCUGUCUCAGUCAACAUCACUGUAGCUCCGCCUCAGUCAACAUCACUGUAGCUCUGCCUCAGUCAACAUCACUGUAGCUCUGCCUCAGUCAACAUCACUGUAGCUCUGCCUCAGUCAACAUCACUGUAGCUCUGCCUCAGUCAACAUCACUGUAGCUCUGCCUCAGUCAACAUCACUGUAGCUCUGCCUCAGUCAACAUCACUGUAGCUCUGCCUCAGUCAACAUCACUGUAGCUCUCGCUCAGUCAACAUCACUGUAGCUCUGCCUCAGUCAACAUCACUGUAGCUCUGCCUCAGUCAACAUCACUGUAGCUCUCGCUCAGUCAACAUCACUGUAGCUCCGCCUCAGUCAAUAUCACUGUAGCUCCGCCUCAGUCAACAUCACUGUAGCUCCGCUUCAGUCAACAUCACUGUAGCUCAGCCUCAGUCAACAUCACUGUAGCUCUCGCUCAGUCAACAUCACUGUAGCUCUCUCAGUCAACAUCACUGUAGCUCCGCCUCAGUCAAUAUCACUGUAGCUCCGCCUCAGUCAACAUCACUGUAGCUCCGCUUCAGUCAACAUCACUGUAGCUCAGCCUCAGUCAACAUCACUGUAGCUCUCGCUCAGUCAACAUCACUGUAGCUCUCUCAGUCAACAUCACUGUAGCUCCGCCUCAGUCAACAUCACUGUAGCUCCGCCUCAGUCAACAUCACUGUAGCUCUGCCUCAGUCAACAUCACUGUAGCUCUGCCUCAGUCAACAUCACUGUAGCUCCGCCUCAGUCAACAUCACUGUAGCUCUGCCUCAGUCAACAUCACUGUAGCUCUCUCUCAGUCAACAUCACUGUAGCUCUCUCUCAGUCAACAUCACUGUAGCUCUGCCUCAGUCAACAUCACUGUAGCUCUCGCUCAGUCAACAUCACUGUAGCUCUCUCUGUCAACAUCACUGUUGCUCUCGCUCAGUCAACAUCACUGUAGCUCUGCCUCAGUCAACAUCACUGUAGCUCUGCCUCAGUCAACAUCACUGUAGCUCUCGCUCAGUCAACAUCACUGUAGCUCUCUCUCAGUCAACAUCACUGUAGCUCUCGCUCAGUCAACAUCACUGUAGCUCCGCCUCAGUCAACAUCACUGUAGCUCCGUCUCAGUCAACAUCACUGUAGCUCUCUCUCAGUCAACAUCACUAGCUCUGCCUCAGUCAACAUCACUGUAGAUCUGCCUCAGUCAACAUCACUGUAGCUCCAUCUCAGUCAACAUCACUGUAGCUCUCGCUCAUUCAACAUCACUGUAGCUCUGCCUCAGUCAACGUCACUGUAGCUCUCUCUCAGUCAACAUCACUGUAGCUCUGCCUCAGUCAACAUCACUGUAGCUCUCGCUCAUUCAACAUCACUGUAGCUCUGCCUCAGUCAACAUCCCUGUAGCUCUCUCUCAGUCAACAUCACUGUAGCUCUCUCUCAGUCAACAUCACUGUAGCUCUGCCUCAGUCAACAUCACUGUAGCUCUCGCUCAGUCAACAUCACUGUAGCUCUGCCUCAGUCAACAUCACUGUAGCUCUCGCUCAGUCAACAUCACUGUAGCUCCGCCUCAGUCAAUAUCACUGUAGCUCCGCCUCAGUCAACAUUACUGUAGCUCCGCCUCAGUCAACAUCACUGUAGCUCUCGCUCAGUCAACAUCACUGUAGCUCUCUCUCAGUCAACAUCACUGUAGCUCUCGCUCAGUCAACAUCACUGUAGCUCUGCCUCAGUCAACAUCACUGUAGCUCUCAUUCAGUCAACAUCACUGUAGCUCUCAUUCAGUCAACAUCACUGUAGCUCUGCCUCAGUCAACAUCACUGUAACUCUGCCUCAGUCAACAUCACUGUAGCUCUGCCUCAGUCAACAUCUAUCAGGCCAUAAGGCAACAGUGUCAUGUCACGAUGGUGGUCCUCUGUAGCUCAGCUGGUAGAGCACGGCGCUUGUAACGCCAGGGUAGUGGGUUCGAUCCCCGCGACCACCCAAAUGUAUGCACGCAUGACUGUAAGUCGCUUUGGAUAAAAGCGUCUGCUAAAUGGCAUAUUAUUAUUUAUUAUUACGAUGUUAGUUGUGUAUUUGUGGAUGGAUCAGAUGUAAAUGGAUGGGAGGUGGUAAUAUCCUGUGUGUUGUAUCUUAAAUGGAUGGGAGGUGGUAAUAUCCUGUGUGUUGUAUCUUAAAUGGAUGGGAGGUGGUAAUAUCCUGUGUGUUGUAUCUCCCCUCCUGUAGACGGAGGUUUCUGUAUGUGGUGAACCUGGAGACUCCUUCUGAAGCGCCCAGGAAGAUUGGUAGACCGAGCAAGUGGGACGUGGGGACUGUUCAGUGGAACCCUCACAAGGCGGAGUCCCACGUCUUCGCUGCCUCUGUGAGUUACUCUGUUAAAACGGCAACAAUAACAUUAACAAUUCAUCAAAUUGCCUUAAAUAUACUUUUUUCUAUCGUUUUACAUGUACUUUUUAUUUUUGAGUGAUUUAGCAGAUGCUCUAAUCCAGAGAGUCAUUUAGCAGACGCUCUUAUCCAGAGAGUCAUUUAGCAGACGCUCUUAUCCAGAGAGUCAUUUAGCAGACGCUCUUAUCCAGAGAAUCAUUUAGCAGACACGCUUAUCCAGAGAGUCAUUUAGCAGACGCUCUUAUCCAGAGAGUCAUUUAGCAGACGCUCUUAUCCAGAGUCAUUUAGCAGACGCUCUUAUCCAGAGAGUCAUUUAGCAGACGCUCUUAUCCAGUGAAUCAUUUAGCAGACGCUCUUAUCCAGAGAGUCAUUUAGCAGACGCUCUUAUCCAGAGAGUCAUUUAGCAGACGCUCUUAUCCAGAUAGUCAUUUAGCAGACGCUCUUAUCCAGUGAAUCAUUUAGCAGACGCUCUUAUCCAGAGAGUCAUUUAGCAGACGCUCUUAUCCAGAUAGUCAUUUAGCAGACGCUCUUAUCCAGAGAGUCAUUUAGCAGACGCUCUUAUCCAGAGAGUCAUUUAGCAGACGCUCUUAUCCAGAGAGUCAUUUAGCAGACGCUCUUAUCCAGAGAAUCAUUUAGCAGACACGCUUAUCCAGAGAAUCAUUUAGCAGACACGCUUAUCCAGAGAAUCAUUUAGCAGACACGCUUAUCCAGAGAGUCAUUUAGCAGACGCUCUUAUCCAGAGAGUCAUUUAGCAGACGCUCUUAUCCAGAGAGUCAUUUAGCAGACGCUCUUAUCCAGAGAAUCAUUUAGCAGACACGCUUAUCCAGAGAAUCAUUUAGCAGACACGCUUAUCCAGAGAGUCAUUUAGCAGACGCUCUUAUCCAGAGAGUCAUUUAGCAGACGCUCUUAUCCAGAGUCAUUUAGCAGACGCUCUUAUCCAGAGAGUCAUUUAGCAGACGCUCUUAUCCAGUGAAUCAUUUAGCAGACGCUCUUAUCCAGAGAGUCAUUUAGCAGACGCUCUUAUCCAGAGAGUCAUUUAGCAGACACGCUUAUCCAGAGAGUCAUUUAGCAGACGCGCUUAUCCAGAUAAUCAUUUAGCAGACGCUCUUAUCCAGAUAGUCAUUUAGCAGACGCUCUUAUCCAGUGAAUCAUUUAGCAGACGCUCUUAUCCAGAGAGUCAUUUAGCAGACGCUCUUAUCCAGAUAGUCAUUUAGCAGACGCUCUUAUCCAGAGAGUCAUUUAGCAGACGCUCUUAUCCAGAGAGUCAUUUAGCAGACGCUCUUAUCCAGUGAAUCAUUUAGCAGACAUCACUGCCCACGUGGUGGCACCAUAACAUCCAGUCUCUUCUCAGUGGGCCCUGUGGGUUUUGUGUUUGCAGAGUAACCAGCGGGUGGACCUGUACACGUGGCGUGAUGGCUGUGGGGAAGUCCACGCGUCCCUGCAGGGACACACACGAGUCAUCAGGUAACACAGAGGAGAUGCUCUAGGCUGGGGCCCAACAUGCACCCUAUUCCCUAUAGAGGGCCCUGGUCAAAUGGAGUGCCCUAUAUAGGGGAUAGGGUGCUAUUUGGGCCCCAGCCUGAUGGUUCUGGUUAUGUACUGUAGCAUCUAUGGUGCCAGGUCACUGACUGUGUUCGUAUCCUACAGUGACUUGGACUGGUCCUGGUUUGAACCAGAGUAUCUGGUCACCAGCUCUGUAGACACCUACAUCUGUAUCUGGGACACCAAGGUAGGGUAUAAAACUUUAAACCAGUACCAACGUAUAUGAUAAAAUGAAAAUAUAGCAGCGAGACAGCGCGCGAGAGCGCGAACAGAUCGAGAGAAUUAGGGAAGAGAGAAGAGAGAGAGAGAGAGCGAGAAGCGGUAAGAGCGAGGGCGAUAUAUAGUAAUAUAGAUUAGGAAUAUAGCAGAUAGAGUGUAAGCGAGAUCUAUAUAUAGAAGAAGGAAGAAUAAGAGGAGAGAGAGCAGAGAGAGAAGAGAGGUGAGAGAGAGAUAUAUAAGAAGAGGAGCUAUAUAAAAGGAAGCUAGAAGAGAGAGAUAUAUAUCUAGAUAGAUAUUAGAUAGAUUCUUAGUAAUAUGAUAGCAGGGAUUAUAUGAAUAUGAUAGCUAGAUAUAUAUGAUAGUAUAUAAUAUAGAUCAUCAUAUAUGUAACUAUAUGUAUAUGUAUAUCUUGGUAUAUGUAUAUUGAAAUUUAUAUGUAUAUAUAAUAUAGUAUCUAGUUAUAUAUAUGCUUUAUAAUAUAUAUAUAUAUAUAUAUUAGUAUAAUGAUGUAAGAGAUAUGAUUAUAUAUGUAUAUAUAAGUAUAUAAAAUGUAUGUAUAAGUAUAUAAUGUAUAUAUAUAUGUAUAUCUUAUGAUAUAUAUAUAUAUAUAAUGGUAUCUCUAUUAUAUAUCUCUCUAUCUUUAUUAUAUGCCAUCUCUAUGUAUCUAUCUCAUAGUAUUAGAUAUAUAGUAUCUUAUAUAUUUAUAUAGUAAUAUAUUGUCUUGUUCUUUUAUAUAUAUAUGUCUGAUAUACGGAGAGAUUGUAUAUAUACAGAUAGAUAUCUCACUUAUUCUCUACUCAUCUAUUCUAUAUCUCUCUCUUCUCUCUCUCUUCUUCUCUCAUCAUCUCUGUCUCUCUCUCUCUUCUACUCUCUCUCUCUCUCUCUCUCUCUCUCUCGUCUAUCUCUUCUUCUCUCUCAUCUUCUCUAUCUCCUUGUCAUUCCGCAAAUCCAUUACUUUCAUCUGUUUUCACUUUCAAUGUAGAAUCAUGUAGAUGGGUUUAUAGUUCAGGGCUAGGCUUAAUAUAUGUCCGGGAAACAGCCUUUAAUGUUAGGCAUUAACAACACUGUAAAUCUGUCUGGAUGAUCUCACAGAGACACAAGCAAACCAGCCUUUAGAUGAAAUUAUUGAUGUUAGGCCUUAACAACACUGUAAAUCUGUCUGUAUGAUCUCACAGAGACACAAGGAAACCUACAGUGACAUUGUCUGCAGUGGGUGAGUAUGCACUUCAAUCUUUAAAUAAUCAGAGUUUGGCCCUUUCCAGUUCAUCUGUCUUGGAUUACAAACUAUAUCUAAAGAUGGUAGAGAGAAGAUAUGAGAGAGAGAGAUAGAAAGAGAGAGAUGAGAUAAUGAGAAGAAGAGAGAGAGAGAAUAGUAGAUAAGCGAGAGUAUCGAGUAGAGUACGGAGAUCAUUAGAUGUAUGUAUAGUCUCUAUCUAUAUAGCCCUAUAUUCUAUCUAUAUUGUAGUAUAGUAAUAUAUAUAUAUCGUAAUAUAUGUAUAUAUACUCUCUAUCUAUAUAUAUCUAUAUAUUCUAUAUCUCUCUAUCUAUAUCUCUAUAUAUCUCUCAAUCUCUCUCUCUCUCUCUCUGCUCUCUCUCGUCUCUCUCUCUCUCUCUCUCUGGUCUCUUCUGUUCUCUCGUUUCUCUCUGCUCCUCUCUCUCUCUUCUCUCUCUCUUCUCUGUCUCUCUCUCCCUGGUCUCUCUCUCUCUCUCUCUCUCUCUCUCUCUCUCUCCAUCCCUCCUCCCUCUCCCCCUGUAGCGGGGGCAUCCCAGGUGAAGUGGAACAAGCGUAAUCAGUACCUUCUAGCCUCCAGUCAUGAUGGAGACGUUCGCAUUUGGGACAAGAGGGUCAGUACCACACUAUAACCUCUAUAGGAUCAUCUGGGUCAGUACCACACUAUAACCUUCUAUAGGAUCAUCUGGGGUCUUAGUACCACACUAUAACCUCUAUAGUGAUUCAUCUGGGUCAGUACCACACUUAUAACCUCUAUCAGGAAUCAUCUGGGUCAGUACCACACUAUAAACCUCUAUAGGAUCAUUCUGCCGGUCAGUACCAACACUCUAAAAACCUCUAUAGGGAUCUGAUAAUCACUGGCGUCAGUACCACACUAUAACCUCUAUAGGAUUCAUCUGGGUCAGUACCACACUAUAACCUCUAUAGGAUCAUCUGGGUCAGUAACCACACUAUAAACCUCUAUAGGAUCAUCUGGGUCAGUACCACACUAUAACCUCUAUAGGAUCAUCUGGGUCAGUACCACACUAUAACCUCUAUAGGAUCAUCUGGGUCAGUACCACACUAUAACCUCUAUAGGAUCAUCUGGGUCAGUACCACACUAUAACCUCUAUAGGAUCAUCUGGGUCAGUACCACACUAUAACCUCUAUAGGAUCAUCUGGGUCAGUACCACACUGAAACCUCUAUGGAUCAUCUGGGUCAGACCACUAUAACCUCUGGAGGAUCAUCUGGGUCAGUACCACACUAUAACCUCUAUAGGAUCAUCUGGGUCAGUACCACACUAUAACCUCUAUAGGAUCAUCUGGGUCAGUACCACACUAUAACCUCUAUAGGGACCAGAGGGUCAGUACCACACUAUAACCUCUAUAGGAUCAAUGCUAAAUGGUAUACUGGUACACAAUGACUAGUUGAUCAGAGAGGAGUGGCAGAAUGUUCAAUGAUCGUGGUUUUUGACACCUUAAGGAAAGAUUUCAUUUAAGAUUGAAAAUAUUGAAGUGCCCUGUGUCUCUGUAACAUGUUCAGUGAGUGUCUGUGUAACAUGUUCAGUGAGUGUCUCUGUAACAUGUUCAGUGAGUGUCUCUGUAACAUGUUCAGUGAGUGUCUGUGUAACAUGUUCAGUGAGUGUCUCUGUAACAUGUUCAGUGAGUGUCUCUGUAACAUGUUCAGUGAGUGUCUCUGUAACAUGUUCAGUGAGUGUCUCUGUAACAUGUUCAGUGAGUGUCUCUGUAACGUGUUCAGUGAGUGUCUCUGUGUCUCGGUUUGUGUCUGAUAGUCAUGUGUAUCUAUUUCCCAGAAACCCAACACAGCUGUGGAGUAUGUUGCAGCCCACCUGUCAAAGAUCCAUGGUCUGGACUGGCACCCUGACAACGAAUACAUCCUGGCAACGUCCAGUCAGGACAACUCAGUCAGGGUAAAUUAACAUGCAUAUCUUUCCCCAGAACGCCAUAGCGACCGUAAAACUUCAAUUAAACGAAGUCUCAAAAAGCCGCCUGUCCCUUUUAAUAGCUGGGGAACAGCACACAUUUCAUCAAAUGUUUACGCCGGGUCUAAAUCAAUUGUUUUUAGAGGUUACCAUACAUUUCCAUGAAUUGUUUAUGAGGUUUAAUGUUUGAUUUGUUACAUUAAAUAAUUCAGUAAUGACUCAAAUUGUCAAACAUCGGUUUUUAUCGCAUGUAAUCAACUUCUAGCCAUCUGCUGCUAACAGCUGAGAACUGCUAACUGGCAAGUACAAAAACAGUCGACGUUCAGACCCCCAGAAAUCGCCAAAAUGCCCUCUCGUGGCGGAAGUAAGAACUGCCGGAAAUGCACAGUCAAAGAGGAGAAUUAAUUAUUCUGUCAAGGAAAAUAUUUAUAUAUAUUUUUUCAAUAGAGGCAUACUAAGACAAAAGAAACGUGACACAAGCUAGGUUUCCAUCCAAUUAGCGACAGAUUUUAAUAUGAAUAUUCAAAAAUCUGCAUAAAAACAAUAUGCAUAUUUUUUACCAGAGAUGUUUCCAUUAAACGGACUUGUUGCUGAUAAAAGGCUGUGUGAGGACGUAGUGAACAUAAAAAUAACUUUUGCGGUUAAAUUCCCAUCUACCGAAUUAAAAAAUACUAGUUAAAUGGUUUUCCAUUGCAUUUUCAACUCUACCGAUGGUUUUCUCACAAAGAAAUGUGCGUUAUAAUAAUAAAUAGCAGACGCUUUUAUCCAAAGCGACUUACAGUCAUGUGUGCAUACAUUUAUUUUCUGUGUAUGGGUGGUCCCGGGGAUCGAACCCACUACCUUGGCGUUACAAGCGCCGUGCUCUACCAGCUGAGCUACAGAGGACCAUUAUAUAUUAUAUAUAGCGAGUGUGCCCUCUCUGGUCUUGGCACGUGUGCUCUCGCCAGCAGGUACAGUGUGGGUAGAGCCUACAUGAUGAGGUCAUUAUGGACAAAAGAGAGAGAUUAUUUUUUACUUGUCAAAACGGCAGUCAAGCAUCGAUGAUCACGUCACCAGAAUAAGACCCUCGAUAUUUAUUGGAAAGGAGCGUCAAGCUCAUCACCUCGCACCUUCAACUUCAACACCCUGUGAUGUUCAUCAAAACGUAUUUAAUCUGUAGUCUAAUAAACAACAUGGCUUUCCCGGACAAGUCCUAGUGGGAAACCACACAACACGUCAUCCUGUGACUCCAAUUUUACUUCGGUAUGAUGAUGUUAUUUAUAUCAAUAUUUGCGCAUAAAAGCACUUCCACUGACGUUUCUCGCGUAUUACAUUUUAAUCGACACAAAAAAAGAUCCCACCUUGUCUAGCGUGUUUAGUGUUGUCGACAUUUUGGAAAGUUUUUUUUUCCGACAAAUGUUCUGUUUCUAUCACGGAUUCAGCCGAGGAUGCCCCUCCUCCUCCUCGCUCGGGCAGGCUUCGGCGUUCGUCGUCCCCGGGAGUACUAGCUACUACCGAUCUAUGUUUCUGUGUUUGUCUUGUUUGGUCUUAAUUGUGUACAGCUGUUUUCCAAUGAUGUUGUAUCGUAUUCCCCUAUAUAACACUCUGUCUUUCAUUGUGUGGGAUUGUUUUCGUCAUUCGGCAGUAGCUUGUUGUGCGGGUUAUUUUUCCUCCCUGGGUGGAGGAUGUUUAUACUCUGGUUACUUUCGAGUAAAGUACGUUUCCAGUUUGACUUCGUCCACCGCAUUUCACGUACGCCUGUGACAGUUUCCAUCAGGCCUGCCAGACUCUUUACUGGUAUAACAGGGUUGGAUGGAAACCUGGUUCCACUCCGUAAAUGACAACACGUUAGUGCAGGAAAUGAAGAAAUGUAUUAAAAUGCUGGAAUUAAACAAUGAACUAUGCAAAUGAGCUAAAAGCUGUGUGCAUUAAGGAAAUAGAGGCCUGGCUCAAAUAGAAGCCUGUCUGUAAAAAAAAUAAUAAAAAAAAGCGCCUGUUGUGUUCAUUGAUUUUUUUAAAGCAAAUAAACGCCUGGGCUAUUAAUUGAAGUUUUACGGUAUGCGGGGAAAUUCACAUAGUUAUGAUUCUCCCGUUGUACUUUAUUUCCGUGCCGUCCUUCAAUCUCUCUGUGCAGUUCUGGGACUACAGACAGCCAAGGAAGUAUCUGAACAUCCUGUCCUGUCAGGUUCCAGUGUGGAAGGCCAGAUAUACAGUGAGUUGACUCUUCCUCUCACCAGUUCUCCUCAUAUGAAGAGUGGAUAUCUGCCUAAGUGUUAGGGAUGUAUUUCUGUCUAUAAUGGUGUGUGUGUGUGUGUGGCCGUGUGUGUGGCCGGGUGUGUGUGUGUGUGGCCGUGUGUGUGUGUGUGUGUGUGUGGCCGUGUGUGUGUGUGUGUGUGUGUGUGGCCGUGUGUGUGUGUGUGUGGCCGUGUGUGUGUGUGGCCGUGUGUGUGUGUGUGUGUGGCCGUGUGUGUGUGUGUGUGUGUGUGUGUGUGUGUGUGUGGCCGUGUGUGUGUGUGUGUGUGUGUGUGUGUGUGUGUGUGUGUGUGUGUGUAGCCCUUCUCCAAUGGCCUGGUUACGGUGAUGGUUCCCCAGCUGAGACGGGAGAACAGCUUGUUGCUAUGGAGCACUCUGGACCUCAACAGCCCCGUUCACGCCUUCGUGGGACACGACGAUGUAGUGCUGGAGUUCCAGUGGCGUCCGCAGACAGAGGGUAACACCCCAUUCUAGAAUAUAACAUACUAUAUCAUAUAAUAUAACUCUUUACCAGCCUCGGUGCCUGGAUAAUGUAUCAUAUAAUAUAACUCUUUACCAGCCUCGGUGCCUGGAUAAUGUAUCAUAUAAUAUAACUCUUUACCAGCCUCGGUGCCUGGAUAAUGUAUCAUAUAAUAUAACUCUUUACCAGCCUCGGUGCCUGGAUAAUGUAUCAUAUAAUAUAACUCUUUACCAGCCUCGGUGCCUGGAUAAUGUAUCAUAUAAUAUAACUCUUUACCAGCCUGGGUGCCUGACUUUAUUCAAAGCAACUUAUAGUAAUGCAUACAUACAUACAUUUUGGUAUUGUUGGACCCAGCGGGAAUCGAACCCACAAUCCUGAUGUUGCAAACGUCCUGCUUUAACUGCAACUGAGCCACACAGGACCUAACUGGACUAGCAUCCAGGCUACCUCUUCCCCCACAUCCACUCAGGACCUAACUGGACUAGCAUCCAGGCUACCUCUUCCCCCACAUCCACUCAGGACCUAACUGGACUAGCAUCCAGGCUACCUCUUCCCCCACAUCCACUCAGGACCUAACUGGACUAGCAUCCAGGCUACCUCUUCCCCCACAUCCACUCAGGAGCUAACUGGACUAGCAUCCAGGCUACCUCUUCCCCCACAUCCACUCAGGACCUAACUGGACUAGCAUCCAGGCUACCUCUUCCCCCACAUCCUGAACUGUCAUCAUGUCAAUCCACCUGCUAAUGAACCUGUGUUGUGUCUCAUUCUCCGUAGAGUUCAGUCCCCUGAUUCUCCUGUCUUGUUGUGUCUCCUACUAGCUUCUAAGGACUACCAGCUGGUGACUCUGUCCAGAGACCAGACUCUGAGGAUAUGGAGGCUGGAUCCACAGCUACAGAAGGUGUGGAAUGUGUCAAAUCUAACAUUAUAUUCAAAUCUCUAUGGGCCCUGGUGUCAAAUCCAACAUUAUAUUCAAAUCUCUAUGGGCCCUGGUGUCAAAUCCAACAUUAUAUUCAAAUCUCUAUGGGCCCUGGUGUCAAAUCCAACAUUAUAUUCAAAUCUCUAUGGGCCCUGGUGUCAAAUCCAACAUUAUAUUCAAAUCUCUAUGGGCCCUGGUGUCAAAUCCAACAUUAUAUUCAAAUGUCUAUGGGCCCUGGUGUCAAAUCCAACAUUAUAUUCAAAUCUCUAUGGGCCCUGGUGUCAAAUCCAACAUUAUAUUCAAAUCUCUAUGGGCCCUGGUGUCAAAUCCAACAUUAUAUUCAAAUCUCUAUGGGCCCUGGUGUCAAAUCCAACAUUAUAUUCAAAUCUCUAUGGGCCCUGGUGUCAAAUCCAACAUUAUAUUCAAAUCUCUAUGGGCCCUGGUGUCAAAUCCAACAUUAUAUUCAAAUCUCUAUGGGCCCUGGUGUCAAAUCCAACAUUAUAUUCAAAUCUCUAUGGGCCCUGGUGUCAAAUCCAACAUUAUAUUCAAAUCUCUAUGGGCCCUGGUGUCAAAUCCAACAUUAUAUUCAAAUCUCUAUGGGCCCUGGUGUCAAAUCCAACAUUAUAUUCAAAUCUCUAUGGGCCCUGGUGUCAAAUCCAACAUUAUAUUCAAAUGUCUAUGGGCCCUGGUGUCAAAUCCAACAUUAUAUUCAAAUCUCUAUGGGCCCUGGUGUCAAAUCCAACAUUAUAUUCAAAUCUCUAUGGGCCCUGGUGUCAAAUCCAACAUUAUAUUCAAAUCUCUAUGGGCCCUGGUGUCAAAUCCAACAUUAUAUUCAAAUCUCUAUGGGCCCUGGUGUCAAAUCCAACAUUAUAUUCAAAUCUCUAUGGGCCCUGGUGUCAAAUCCAACAUUAUAUUCAAAUCUCUAUGGGCCCUGGUGUCAAAUCCAACAUUAUAUUCAAAUCUCUAUGGGCCCUGGUGUCAAAUCCAACAUUAUAUUCAAAUCUCUAUGGGCCCUGGUGUCAAAUCCAACAUUAUAUUCAAAUCUCUAUGGGCCCUGGUGUCAAAUCCAACAUUAUAUUCAAAUCUCUAUGGGCCCUGGUGUCAAAUCCAACAUUAUAUUCAAAUCUCUAUGGGCCCUGGUGUCAAAUCCAACAUUAUAUUCAAAUCUCCAUAUGGGCCCUGGUGUCAAAUCCAACAUUAUAUUCAAAUCUCUAUGGGCCCUGGUGUCAAAUCCAACAUUAUAUUCAAAUCUCUAUGGGCCCUGGUGUCAAAUCCAACAUUAUAUUCAAAUCUCUAUGGGCCCUGGUGUCAAAUCCAACAUUAUAUUCAAAUCUCUAUGGGCCCUGGUGUCAAAUCCAACAUUAUAUUCAAAUCUCUAUGGGCCCUGGUGUCAAAUCCAACAUUAUAUUCAAAUCUCUAUGGGCCCUGGUGUCAAAUCCAACAUUAUAUUCAAAUCUCUAUGGGCCCUGGUGUCAAAUCCAACAUUAUAUUCAAAUCUCUAUGGGCCCUGGUGUCAAAUCCAACAUUAUAUUCAAAUGUCUAUGGGCCCUGGUGUCAAAUCCAACAUUAUAUUCAAAUCUCUAUGGGCCCUGGUGUCAAAUCCAACAUUAUAUUCAAAUCUCUAUGGGCCCUGGUGUCAAAUCCAACAUUAUAUUCAAAUCUCUAUGGGCCCUGGUGUCAAAUCCAACAUUAUAUUCAAAUCUCUAUGGGCCCCUGGUGUCAAAUCCAACAUUAUAUUCAAAUCUCUAUGGGCCCUGGUGUCAAAUCCAACAUUAUAUUCAAAUCUCUAUGGGCCCUGGUGUCAAAUCCAACAUUAUAUUCAAAUCUCUAUGGGCCCUGGUGUCAAAUCCAACAUUAUAUUCAAAUCUCUAUGGGCCCUGGUGUCAAAUCCAACAUUAUAUUCAAAUGUCUAUGGGCCCUGGUGUCAAAUCCAACAUUAUAUUCAAAUCUCUAUGGGCCCUGGUGAAAAGUAGUGCAGUAUUUUGGGAAUAGGGUGUCAUUUGGGACACACUCCAUAUUACAUCUAACUUCUCCCUGUGUUUCCCUGUGUUUCCCUGUGUUUCCCUGUGUUUCCCUGUGUUUCUCUGUGUUUCCCUGUGUUUCUCUGUGUUUCUCUGUGUUUCUCUGUGUUUCUCUGUGUUUCUCUGUGUUUCCCUGUGUUUCCCUGUGUUUCCCUGUGUUUCCCUGUGUUUCCCCGUGUUUCCCUGUGUUUCCCCGUGUUUCCCUGUGUUUCUCUGUGUUUCCCUGUGUUUCCCUGUGUUUCCCUGUGUUUCCCUGUGUUUCUCUGUGUUUCCCUGUGUUUCUCUGUGUUUCUCUGUGUUUCUCUGUGUUUUCUCUGUGUUUCUCUGUGUUUCUCUGUGUUUCUCUGUGUUUCUCUGUGUUUCCCUGUGUUUCCCUGUGUUUCUCUGUGUUUCUCUGUGUUUCCCUGUGUUUCUCUGUGUUUCUCUGUGUUUCCCUGUGUUUUCUCUGUGUUUCUCUGUGUUUCCCUGUGUUUCUCUCUGUUUCUCUGUGUUUCUCUGUGUUUCUCUGUGUUUCUCUGUGUCUUCCUGUGUUUCCCUGUGUUUCCCUGUGUUUCUCUGUGUUUCUCUGUGUUUCUCUGUGUUUCUCUGUGUUUCCCUGUGUUUCUCUGUGUUUCCCUGUGUUUCCCUGUGUUCCCCUGUGUUUCCCUGUGUUCCCCUGUGUUUCUCUGUGUUUCUCCGUGUUUCUCUGUGUUUCUCUGUGUUUCUCUGUGUUUCUCUGUGUUUCUCUGUGUUUCCCUGUGUUUCCCUGUGUUUCUCUGUGUUUCCCUGUGUUUCCCUGUGUUUCCCUGUGUUUCCCUGUGUUUCUCUGUGUUUCUCUGUGUUUCUCUGUGUUUCUCUGUGUUUCUCUGUGUUUCCCUGUGUUUCCCUGUGUUUCUCUGUGUUUCCCUGUGUUUCUCUGUGUUUCCCUGUGUUCCCCUGUGUUUCUCUGUGUUUCUCUGUGUUUCCCUGUGUUUCUCUGUGUUUCUCUGUGUUUCUCUGUGUUUCCCUGUGUUCCCCUGUGUUUCUCUGUGUUUCUCUGUGUUUCUCUGUGUUUCCCUGUGUUUCCCUGUGUUUCCCUGUGUUUCCCUGUGUUCCCCUGUGUUUCUCUGUGUUUCCCUGUGUUUCCCUGUGUUUCUCUGUGUUUCUCUGUGUUUCUCUGUGUUUCUCUGUGUUUCUCUGUGUUUCCCUGUGUUUCUCUGUGUUUCCCUGUGUUUCCCUGUGUUUCUCUGUGUUUCUCUGUGUCUUCCUGUGUUUCUCUGUGUUUCCCUGUGUUUCUCUGUGUUUUCUCUGUGUUUCUCUGUGUUUCCCUGUGUUUCUCUCUGUUUCUCUGUGUUUCUUCUGUGUUUUCUCUGUGUUUCUCUGUGUCUUCCUGUGUUUCCCUGUGUUUCCCUGUGUUUCUCUGUGUUUCUCUGUGUUUCUCUGUGUUUCCCUGUGUUUCUCUGUGUUUCCCUGUGUUUCCCUGUGUUCCCUGUGUUUCCCUGUGUUCCCCUGUGUUUCUCUGUGUUUCUCCGUGUUUCUCUGUGUUUCUCUGUGUUUCUCUGUGUUUCCCUGUGUUUCUCUGUGUUUCUCUGUGUUUCUCUGUGUUUCUCUGUGUUUCCCUGUGUUUCUCUGUGUUUCCCUGGUGUUUCCUGUGUUUCCCUGUGUUUCUCUGUGUUUCCCUGUUGUUUCCCUGUGUUUCCUGUGUUUCUCCUGUGUUUCUGUGUUCUCUGUGUUUCUCUGUGUUUCCCUGUGUUUCUCUGUGUUUCCCUGUGUUUCCCUGUGUUUCUCUGUGUUUCCUGUGUUUCUCUGUGUUUCUCUGUGUUUCCCUGUGUUUCCCUGUGUUCUCUGUGUUUCCUGUGUUUCCCUGUGUUUCUCUGUGUUUCCUGUGUUUCCCUGUGUUUCUCUGUGUUUCUCUGUGUUUCCUGUGUUUCUCUGUGUUUUCUCUGUGUUUCCUCUGUGUUUCUGUGUUUCCCUGUGUUUCUCUGUGUUUCCCUGUGUUUCUCUGUGUUUCUCUGUGUUUCUGUGUUUCCCUGUGUUUCUCUGUGUUUCCUGUGUUCCUGUGUUUCUCUGUGUUUCCUGUGUUUUGGUCUUCUGUGUUCUCUUUUUCUGUGUUUCUCUGUGUUUCUCUGUGUUUCUGUGUCUUCCUGGUUUCUCUGUGUUUCUCUGUGUAGCUGUGUGCCAAUGACUUGGUCGAGGAUCUGAUGGAGGGGAUGAGCCUAACUGCAGAGUCAGAGAAGAGCCUUCCCUCUCAGGACCCUGAACCCACCAUACACAGCUCUGGCCUGCCAGCUGAAGACCUGCAGGGUGAGGGAGACAGGGUGGGAGGGAGGGAGACAGGGUGGGAGGGAGACGGGUGGGAGGGAGACAGGGUGGGAGGGAGGGAAGACAGGGUGGGAGGGAGACAGGGUGGGAGGGAGGGAGACAGGGUGGGAGAGAGACAGAGAGGGAGGGAGGGAGACAGGGUGGGAGGGAGGGAGACAGGGUGGGAGAGAGGGAGGGAGGGAGACAGGGUGGGAGGGAGGGAGACAGGGUGGGAGGGAGGGAGACAGGGUGGGAGGGAGACAGGGUGGGAGGGAGGGAGGGAGGGAGGGAGAGAGAGAGAGAGAGAGGGAGGGAGAGAGGGUGGGUGGGAGACAGGGAGGGAGGGUGGGUGGGAGACAGGGAGGGAGGGAGACAGAGAGGGAGACAGAGAGGGAGGGAGAGAGGGAGGGAGAGAGGGUGGGUGGGUGGGAGACAGGGAGGGAGGGAGGGUGGGAGGGGCAGCACACACACACACACAUACAAUAUUAAUUUAAUUCGGUUUGGUGUUUGAUUAUAAUUAUAUUAUAAUUAUUAUAAAAUGUAAUUGUCUUGUUUUUCUUAGACACUUCCACACCUAUUCUGUUCUAUUACCUUCUCAAUCACCAGAAUUAUAGAUGAAGCAUCGGAUGAAAUUCAAAUCUCCCUACCAUAAAUCAAAGCCAAUAUGACACCAAUUGCGAUUGUUUUGUUGUUGCAAAUCAACAUAAUUGGAGGUAAAGAACCCACUGCCUCGUCAUGAGCCGUCCGUCCUGAGUUUUUAGAGUAUCUCUUGCCCCUAUCUGGCUCAAAUUCUAGACGGCGGAUUAAAACGAGACUAUAGCGUCCAUAAAGUGACCAUUGGACAUAAAUGCUGGAUUGACUCAAUUUGUAGGUGCAACAGUUUUAUUAA